CGAGAAAAUCUGAUAAACUUGGUCAAGAAAACAUGGCAGAAAGUUAACUAUUUAAUUUUGUUCACCAUUUUCCAUUAAUGGCCGACCAACUCUCUUGCUGGGAGGGGGAAAAAAAAAAACCUCAGUAAUUUUGCAGAAGACGGUUACGUGGCACUCUCUCAUCACUACCACCACCAUUCUCUCAUUAUAUAAGGACCCUCUUCUCUUUAUCUCCUUUCAAACAUUUUCAGUUUCUCCUCAAGCUUUAUUUCUAUCUAUAGAGCCAGCUCUGCAUUCAAACUAUAUUUUCACAGAAAUGGAGAUGAAAGGAAGCAAUGCGACGUCGUCCAUGAAAGACUCGAAGAAGAAGGUGUCAUGCAGGAGGCUCGGACGGUAUCUUAAGCAACAGAAAGGAAGGAUAUACAUUAUCAGAAGAUGUGUGGUCAUGCUCCUUUGUUGGCAUGACUAGUUCAUUUUUAUUCAUCGAUUUAUUUUGAAGCUCUAGCUAGCUACCCCUUCUUCCUUUUGUCCUUUUGUAAAUAGCAAAGAGAAUUAAUCAAUUUGUUUUUACGGAUGAUUAUUAUUAAUAUAUUAACUCUUUUCCA